CUUGCUCCCGCCCCGCGGUCCACCGGCGCUGCCCAGGUGACGAAUGGAAGCGCCUACGAAGAAUCACAUCAAUACAUUUGCAAGAAAUUCAGGCGACAGUGGCUCACAUAUAUAGUUAAUUUCCACCAUAACCUCGCACUAUUUAUCCAUUCCAUAUUAGUUUACCAAUCUCGAGGGGUCCUUCUCCUGGAAGAGUCCAUACCUACCUAGGGGUAGAAAUCUGGUGUACCGCCCGGCACGUACGUCAAACGCGGGGCACAGUCAAGCAGGUCGAGAGACAUUAGAGAGCGUCUGAUAUCUCUCCACAGUUGUACGUUAAGGACUAUUGAAAGGUAUUCAUGGCUCCCGAAGGCGACGAGACAAUGCUAGCAGCGGUCGUCGAACAAUUCGGCCAGCCAUACACCCUGAAGCGUAUCCCACGGCCGGCCGAGCCACAAGGCCAUGACCUGCUCAUAAAGGUCCAGGCAGCCUCAUACUGCCACACGGACGCAGUCUUUGCCGCGGGCGGAAUGUUUCAGGACCUGCCUCGCGUCGGCUGCCACGAGUUCGCGGGCGAGGUAGUCGCCACCGGCCCCGACGCAGCGGACUCGGGACUUGAAGUCGGCACGCGCGUGGGCGUCCCGGGGAGGGCAUACCACCCUUGCGGCUCCUGUUACGAGUGUACGCACCCUGGCAAAGACAAGCCGGGCUACUCGCCAUACUGCCCCAAGGCCUUCAACCUCGGGCUCACCCGCGACGGAGGAUUUCAGGAGUACUGCCUCGUCGACAGCCGACAGGUUGCCCCCUUGCCCGACGGCCUGACUGCCGUCCAUGCCGCGCCGCUGAUGUGUGCCGGGAUCACCAUCUGGUCUGCCCUGCAGCACGAGAAGGUCCGCGAUGCUCGCAAGGUGGCCAUCCUGGGCGCCGGCGGGGGUCUCGGUCAUCUGGGCGUGCAGUUUGCGGCGCAUCUUGGCAAGGAAGUCCUCGCGGUGGAGGCCAACGACGCCGCGCUUGCGUUGCUCGAACGCCUCAAGAACAGACUCGGUCCCGCAGGGGCAUCUGUGCAUAUUGUUGACGGACGCAAGGAUUCUGUGAAGGAAAUGCAGAUGCUGGUGCAGGGUGAAGUCGGACCUGGAACACCCGAGGGAGAGGUUGGCCUCGAUGCGGCGAUCAUGUUGCCGGAGUCCCAGGCGGCCUUUGACCAGGGCAUGGCUUUAUUGAGGAACCACGGCACCAUGGUGGUUGUGAGUUUCCCCAAGAAGAAGCUUGAGGUCAGCGCGGCCGACCUUGUCUUUCGCGAUAUCAGUCUGGUUGGCAGUCUCGUCGGGAGGAAUCACCAGAUACGAGAGAUGUUGCAAUUCGCACGAAAGUACGAGGUGCAGGCCGAGGUGCAGGCAUACAAACUCGGAGACCUCAAUCAGCUUGUGCAAGACUCCCAUAAGGGAGGGGCGGGGAAAUUGGUUGUGGACAUGAACUUGUAGUGGUUUAGCUGGCUUCACUGGUAUUCUGUUUAGAUUAAUAGUGCGCGACAACACGAGAUUGAUACUGAA